AUGACGUCACAGACAGAUAGGCUAAAUCGAGGAACGCUUAACGUCUUUAUUAUUAAAACAAAAAAAAAAACAUCCAUGAACAGAGCUUAAAUCUACUGGGUUAUUUCCCAGUAUCGAUAAAAUCAAGUUAUGGCAUUUUAAAACAAUGUUAGUCAUUUAUGUCGAUCACAGAUCGAUGUAGUCGGAUCACAGGAACAGAAAACCAAUCCAACUGUUGAACCGUUGUUCCGCACAGCUGGAGAGGAUGAUCCCGACUCCAUGGGUACGGUGGUCUUGCUUCCCAGAGUAGAGAACGCCUCUAUAUGUUAGUGGUCAUACCUACAGUAACCUACAUCUGUGAGACGUGGAUGAAGACAGCCAGCAUCACCAACAAGUUGGAUGUCUUCCAUCGACGGUGCCUCAGAUCCAUCCUGAAGAUAUCACGGAGAGACCACAUCACCGAUGAAGAGGUGAGCGAGAAGGGCAGGUGUAGCACCCUUGUCUGACAUCAUCUCUGACAGGAGAAAGAGAAUAACCAGACAUGGACUCAGACUGCCAAGAGAGAGACCGGCUAGUGUGGCAGUAGAGGGAGGCCAAAGAAGACAUGGAGACAAACAGCCAAGGAAGACCUGAGCGAGAUGGGAGUCAGCUGGCAUGGAGCAAGAAGGGUCACUAGAGAUCGGAGCAAAUGGAGGGGACUCAUCGCCCAAUGAUCCAAUAGGAACAGGAGGAACUAAGUCUCAGUAAGUUGAACUGUUAGCUCACGCAGUCUCUCACAGAACGCUGAACCUCUUCCGUCUUUUCGCAGAGUCAUGUGACCAACCUGUUGGACAUGAACUUUAUCAGUCAGGAGAAGUUCCUCCAGAGAUAUCACACCGAUGUGCCGGACGUCUCCGUACAGACAUGUCGAACAGCUGAUAAGUUUUUAUUCGCUUGUUUGACUGUGAAAAAAAUCUCUUCUCUGUGGUUAAAGGUCAUUCACAAUCUUACCCAGCAUGCUUUGGUAUUAACAACUCAGUACAUUCACAUACAAACUGUAAUGACAUGCUUUUACCACCUCUUCUGGUGUUGAAUCUGUAAAUUACAGGCUAGAGAGCAGCACACAGAUGCACCACACAUAUGUGUGAAGGGAAAGGGUCUCGUAAACAUGCGCUGGAUGUUUCCACUCAUGUUCCAGUCCUUGUGAUUUUUACAAAUGUACCUUUGUGAGAGAAAUAAGAGGGAAAAAAGAAGCUGAUAUAAGAGGCGGUUUAUAACAUCAAAGCUUUCACUUCCACGAGGCGGGACCUGGUCGUCUCCGUCCAGCUUCAUGUUGGGGUCUCGUGGUGGUCGCCUGAACUUCUCAGUAGAUCAUUAAAACGAGUGUGAGCUCAAGUAUCUUGUCGGGGUUAGAAGAAAUCCCCACUUUCCUCAAAAUGACUCGUGCUCACAGAUAUAUCUCCCGGAGUGACUGACAUCCAUGAAUCACCAAACAUUUUAAUUAAAGCACACAACAUUUCCACACAAACCCCUCAAAAACACGCGGAUCCAGCCGUGUGAGUUUGACUGAUAUCUCAGAGUUUAAUUGGAAAAUAAUAGCUGCUUCGCUGUUGGCUGGAGGCCAGCUUCCUGGCUUCGAUAGCAUGGCUACGCUUGCCAGAUACAUAUCUAAAUUAAUUUUCCUGGAGAGAGAAAUGCUUAUCAUUUAAAUUACGCUGCCUGUCAAAGUAGUCAUUUGUCACCUUAAAGAUGUGCGCAGACAGAAAAGGCCGCCUGUUUAGUCACAGUGCCGGUGUUUGACACCCUGAGUGUCGAGUCAGGGGUGAGAAAUGAUUAAGAUUUAACCAAUUAGAUCCUGGAUAAUGGAAAUAAACCCACACAAACCAUUUAAAUUAUAGAGCAGUCGCCUUUUUACAGAUAGGAGGGCAGCUGCACCACUGGUCUGCUAACACGCGCUUGUACAGCUGCUGCUUUCACUGCAAGGAUGUUUAUUGGAUUAAAUAAGACACGAACAAACGGCGUGUUGGCAUGUCUGUGAUCGCGGGUAAAUAAAAAGAAGCAUCUGAUGUAUAAUCCCAAAAUCAAAUUAGGACUAAUUUCCGUCUCUUAGAAUUAAUGAGCUCUCAUUUAAGAAGGAGUUUGUAUUUGAUCUUUUCAUUAUGGCCCGUGGAGAGGAUCAAAAGUUCCCUUGACUUCUCCAAAUCCACUCACGAUGAAUGCAAAUACGUUCAGAGACAGCCAGUGUGAGGGGAAUGACGCAUUCACACCAUAUUAGUAUGAGGGCUCCGUUUGCAGACUUGGGAAAGUGGACCCUGACCGUUCGUCCCUAAUCACUCCAUCAUUUCAGAGCAGAACUAAUGCAAGGUGUUGUCAAAUGGCAGAAGGUGCAUUCUGCCAUAAAACAGGGUAAUUCCACUUCACAAUAAUCACAGGGGUCCUAUCAAGUCAAUAACUGCAUUUACAGCCAAUGUCUGUCAGCACAGACCGGGCAAUUUUCUCACCCGCAAUCGCCGGAAACCCAUUUAACUCCAGGAGAAGAGGGAAUUGGUAGGUGCUGAAAGUGAAAUUUCCCAGGAGGACCGGGACAUAUUGUGAAAAUCAGCCGUAUUGGAAUGUUUCCAACAGAUUGACGCUCAGAGGAGAACAAUAUUGUGUUCGCUCACAGGAACAAAUGUGCUCCGGGGUUAAGAGGGGCCGCGGUUUCAGCUCAUUGCUGGUUUCUGUAACGACGCAUUUGGCUGGAGAUGUGAUUGGCUUCAAAGUUUUGAUUUGUGCAUCCUGGAUCUGUUUUCUGUCCGGGCUUCUGUCUCACAUUUAAUCAGUGUUGAUAGUUUUCUUCAAAUUAAAGGAGAGGUUUGAAAGAAUCAGUCGACUCAAAAGAGCUGAGCUGUCUAAACGGUCGUUCACAACAAACACGAGGAAAAUCAUUCGCGUGAAUCAAUUACAUGUGAAGUCAAUGACAUAAAUUGGGCGGCACGAGUUAUUCUAAGCUAGUUCUUCAUGCAAAUUAAGCUCCUUAUUGGUGUGAAUUUGCUAGAGUUAAAAAUAUCUUAACUUGAGUAAAUAUUCAUGCUGUGAGAACCAAUCAGCAUUAAGAUUCCAGGUGAACACAUGAAAACAGACAGGAAGUAGUUCCCUGGUGUGGAAAAUGGAGGGAAAGCUUAUCAUGUCCGUGUGCGGGUAACCCAGAGCUGUUUGACACAACAUGCUGGAGGAGGUCGGAUUAUCUGGUCAGUUGAUCCCGCCGGUUGAAUUGGCAAGGAUCACUAUUGAAAUUAGCAUAAACGGCUAUCCACGGCUAUCCAGUGCUGGCACGGUGCACCAGCUGCUCAAACUAUCUUGUUUGACAUUCAACAAACAAACAUGUCUGCAUCGAUGCUGUGGGUUUACUGGGGUUCUCUGUUUUUGUUCAGCCGCCAAUAAAGCUGUAGGCUCAAGAACGCAACAACCAAAAAAGUCACUUUUCUCAUUUUUCACCGAUAUGCAAAAAGACUAUUUUGGAAAUUUGAACAUUCUUGAUAUCUUUUAGCUCUCAGGAAGUAAGGGAUUAAUUUCACUGUAAUAAGAAAAAAGAAAAUUUUUUGUCAAAUAGUGCCACUUUUACAAAAAAGAGAACUUGGUGAAGAUACAAAGUUGACUGCUGACUCAAGACGAAGUGUCAAAGUCGACACAAAAAGAAAAUUCCUCACAGGAGCUUUAACUAACUCAGAGAGUUCUCCUGAAUUCAAACUCAUGAGUCCUUGAAAAAUAAAUAAAUAAAAACAACAACAUAUUUUAUCCACUUGAGGUCAUCAGGGGUGCAUUUAUUUUUUUUUUUUCCACUGAAAAGACUCCCCAAGGAAACUUUUCAUGUUUGAUUGUCUGAAAAGGCGUUCAGACGACUCUGUCAAAAGUGAAAUAUUCUGACAGAAGAUCCUGAAAAAACUGUUUUACUUUUCAUGAACUGGAAUGGCAUCCAGACAGCAACUUUCAAGUUCUUUAAAAAAGUUUAAUAUGCUGGGAGAUCAUCCUGAGAGCACUUUUAACCUUUCUGUUGGACUACAUUCAGACCCAGGCGAGUAUUUUAUAUAUCCAGAGGAAACGUUUUAAUAUUCAUGAGCAGAAAGAUCAUCCUGAGGGCACUUUUUUAAUGUCUGAUAUACUAGAGGAACAUUGUCUUUACCAGGUCAGGAGGUCUGUAACGUCCCACUGAGGGUGCUUUAAAGACUGAAGAGCAGCAGCGGGUCCGGGACAAACCAGAACCUCAGAGGUCCAUGUGUGAUAUCUGCUGCUCUACCAUCAAACCUGAGCUUCUUUGUUGGUUACAGGUCCUUGAGAAAGAUCCCAAACCUUUCCAUUAAAAUAAAACUUUAAGAGCAGAAAUGAUAUUUAAUAAAAGUCAAAUUGACUCGGCUGUAAUCUGUUAUCCAUCCCGCAUCUAUAACUCCGCUGCGUCUCCGAUGUUUCUUCAUCAUCUCCGCUGUAUUGACUCUGUCCUCUGAAGCCGAGCACCAAGUGUUCCUCUAAGCCGAUUCCCUCAAAAAAUCAAAUAACAAUUUGUUUGUUCGAAACAAACAGAGCGCCGCCGCCAUCCCUCACAGCUCCUCCAACGAGGAUUUUAUCUGCUCUAAUGCAAUAGAUAAUUAAAUCAAUAAUCCCCCGUCUGUGAUAUCAUCUCAUACUGAGUUUAUAUAGAAGAUCAACACUGGUGAUGUGCUGAUCUACUACCAGCUCCUCUUGUUCGAACAAAUAAUUAGCAAACAGUAAACAGACUGGAGCCGUGACGAGGCACAGACCCAUCCGUGUUUGUCAUUAAAACUUCCCCAGAAACAGACGAGAAUCUGACUCCAACAUAUGAGUUCAUUAGAGACAGAAAAGAGAGAGAUUUGAUGCUGAUUGUGAUAAUGAGCAGGAUCUUAAGAUGAUUCAUUCAGUACAGAAACUGACACAAAUAACCAUCAUGUUUGUCAUUUUUCCUCCUAAAUGUUAUUCUGGAAAAAUCUGGAAUUAAAGACCGAGGAACCGAGGAAAACACGAGUUCACGAGGAAACACUGGAGGAUAAUAAAAGUAAAAGAACGACUAGAUAACAAAUCAGCUAAACUAAGAUUCGACACAAAGACCAUUCAGAAAAAUAACUGUAUAAUUAAAUCGAGACAAUAAGUGAGGUCCGGGGCGCAGAGACUCACUCAGGUGUGCCUGCAGAUGGGGGUGUUGCUUUUUACACAGCAGGUUUCAGCUUCGCACUAAAUCGUCAUCCGAACCGCAGAAAUGACGGUGACUCUCCUGACAAACCGCAUUUGAUUCUGGAGACUCAGCUGAUCAUGAGAAGUUUAGAAGUUUCUCCGUCCAUGUGGAGGAUUAUUUUUCUGAGACGGCCCCUCUUACAGAACUUGAGGUGUCCCCCAGGGAUCUGUUUUGGGUCUGAUCUUAUUUUUACUUUGUAUAUGUGUCACUCAAACAUACAUAUGAUGUCAGUAAUCUUCGUGUAUAUAAUUAUCCCCUCUCUGGACAUAUACACCACUCUCCUACAGUAUUAAACUUUAAUCUAUUAUAUUUUUUAUUAUUUUUAAGAUAUUCUCUGUAUUUUUGCUCCAAAGGCUGAAGAGAAACAUCUUUUUCAAUUCCUGUUUGUUUUCUCACAUAUCGCAGAAAUUGACUAUAAAAAGCCAACACCUAACCCUAACCAUCUAUCCGUACCCCUAACCCUCUUUUUCAAUUCCUAUUCGUUUUCUCAAAUACAGCAGAAAUUUACUACAAAAAGCUAGCACCUAACCCUAACCCUAACCCCUUAACCUUAACCAUAAUCCUAACCAUAACCCUACCCUAUCCCUAACCCCCUAGACCUAAUCUCUGCGACAGAAGAGGACAGUCAGCUGUUGCAGAGGCGUCGGCACUUCGCUGAAAACCCUGAUCUUCUUAGGUGGAGCUGAGGUACCGACAGAUUUGUCGUUUGGACUUUUAUUAUGAAACCUUUGCUGAAGUUUAACUUCCUGUCUCUUGUGUUAUCUCAGGAGGUAGUUUGCUAGUUUUGCUCUCUUGGGUCUGAUCUGGUUUUCUCUGUUGUGUGCGAAUGUUCAGGGAGGGUUCCUGGUUCCUGAUGAAUGCUAACGGGUCACUCUUCGGUGUCUCUCUGCAGAAUCCCUGGAUCAGCGCCACCUUGCAGCCUGGCAGUGAUGUCCUGCAGGCUCUUCUUACUUUAGGUGGACAGUCGCCUGAUUCCUCUCGAACGGCGGCGGGUGAGAUUUGGAGAGCGUGGGAGGUUUCUUCCGUUUGAGUCUGUUUUGCUGUUUUAUAAACCCCUGACUGCAUUAUUUGCCGUCCGUGCAUGUUUGUUUGCAUUUUGAUGAGAAACAAUGAUUUGAUUUUCUGAGUAAGCUGGACGACGCCCUGUGUGUCCUCUCCGUCUGAAUUUGAUGAGCUGUUUUUGUCAUGACUCAGCGUUUUGUCUCCGCAGUAACUUUGACUAAACCUCUGAGUCCUCCGUGUUCUUUAAUAUUUUAAUUCCUCCUUCACUGAACUCACGUUGGCCUCACUGUCAGCCGUCAUUACAGUUACACUAAAGCCCUAAAUGCUAAAUUAGAGUUGUGUUAGUCGUUGAAGAUACCACCAAUCCCUUUCUGUAAUUGUUUAAUCCUUCAUGUAAUUUUGACUGGGAGUGAAUUAAAUUAACGAUACAUGCACACUUAUAAAACCAGUGAUUCAUUUCUUUUUACUGGGACUGUUCAUUAUAGAUAAACGAGGCUUUUCGACUGUCACUGUUGAUUUUUAUUCAAACGUAAUUACAAAUAUCUAUAAUUGAAUGUUUAACUUUUACAUUUUUCAAUUUCACACAUCUAUAAUAGAAAAAAUGAGGCGGUAUCGAAUCCCAAUUACAUUUGCAAAUGUCAAAAUAUCAAUUAUUGACGUCCAGAUUCUCAGCAGUGGAAAUGCCAUGAGGUGACCUGAGGACGCCGCGCCUCGUUUUUGAGACUUCAUGUCGGACCGCAUUUUGUUAGUUAAGAGGAAGUUGAAGUUGGUGGCGAGCAGUGGCGUACUCAGGCUGUUUGAGGGGCGGGGCGAUGAAAAUGAGAAGGCCACCUCCUGUAUGUGAUAAUGAAGACCCCUUUGUGUCAGGAUUUAUUCUUUAUUUCAGGUCUGUUUUUAUUUGGUAUCCUUAUGAGUUUUAUUCUGAAGUUCUGCUGUCGGUGUUUCCUGUUUUAUUUUGAAGUUACACUCCUGGUCUGGUUUCCCUCCGUCGUGAUUAUCUGAACCUGAGCAGUUUUUGUCAAACAUGAACCCAGCAGACAUUUUUAGAUCAUUUAGAGUUUUUACCGUCUGCUGAAGCGGCAGAUGACGGUCUAACAUGAAUCUGGUUCUGCUCGAGGUUUCUGCCUGUUAAAGGAAGUUUCUCCUCUUUACUUUAACUUGAUAAAUGCCGUUAAGUGUUUCCCUCGUGCGGUUGAAGCUUCACCGAAACUAACACCUGAUGUGAACCCUGCAGAGAUGACGAACGGCGCACUGUUCCUCAUCUUUCAGCUGAGACAGGAGCCGAGGUGCAGAGGGACGCCUGUCGUCGCUCAGGAGAGGAGACGAGAAGUGAUGCGAGAACAAAGGAGGAAGGGAGGAAGAAAGGGAGGACGACGGAGAGGAAAAGAGGGACGCAGAGGAGAAGGGUGGAGACAGGGGAGAGGAAAUGUAAGAAGAAGGAACAGAGAAGUUUGGGGGGGAGAGAAAAGUGGAUGAAAAGUGGAGGGAUGAGAAGUUUACAGGGAAUACGAAUCACUGAAAGUGAAAACUAUCCACAGUGACAGCCUGGUCCUCUCUGACUCUUAUUUCUCACUCUGUAUCUGAAAUGACAAGAGCUUUGAAACGUGGGAUUUGUUCCAUGUAAACUUUGAAUGUUGUACCCUGAAAAUUAUUCAGCGUCCCAGCCGUCAUGUGGAUCCUGUCGAGAGGAAGAUCCGUCAUCUGAGCAAAGUUACAGUCCAACGACAGCGCCAUUAAAAUGAAGCAUGAGCUUAACGUCUGUGCCUGUCUGCGGUCACGACCCGAUCACAGCAGAACUCAGAGUCAGAACAACUCAACUCUGGGUCAACUUAUUGAUCAGAAUCAAAGUUUAACUGGUGCUGGGUCUGAUCCUGAUAUUCCAAACAGGAGGACUCUAACUGAACCUGGACUCAGGUGGCAAGGACUCAACUCAGAGUCUGCUUGGUUCUUCUUCACCGCAUCUGGAACGGCUCUGAUCUGAAAUGGCGGUGAUUUUCUCCGUCUGCCAAUUCCUACUAGAUCCGUUGGUGAGGCGAAUUUCGUGGUGGAGUACGGACAAUGGUAAUUGCGAGGACUCACAAGAACCCAUGAAUUCACGUGCAAUCACGCGAUAACGAGUUGUCUCUCUAAAGGCAGAUUACAGACAGCGUGCAGUAGAUUGUGUCCUUCCAGAGGAGGAAAUCUACUUCUAGACUUCUAGAAUCAGCAUCUCCUCAUCCAUGGUGUCAUCGGGGUGAAAUGACGUCUAAAAACCUUUCACUUGUUCGUCUCCGCCCGUUUGCAUGUUGUGAAAUACGAUCCUCCUGAAACACGGAGUGUUUUAUUUUGAAAAGAAGCCGGAUGUUUUAUUUUGUGUCUGUGCCCGACUUCCUUUCCAGCACGGGGUAAUCUGUGCUGAACUUAUCCACCAUGCUCCGGCGUCCGGAAAAUAUAGAACUCUCGCGAUCAGCUGCAGAGUUCAGCAAUCCGCAGAGGACUUAACUUGAAUGAAAACGAUCAGCGAUGAUUGGCGGUGACAACCUUUUCGGGAUGCGUUGGAAAUUGGGGGUAACCCGAGUAAACAUUCUAGAUUUGACUCCUGUUUCGUUUCAGCUCCAUGCAGGUCUGAUCUGUAUCCUCUCCAAACCAGAACAACAUUUCAAACUCUAACAAACUUUAGAAAAACCGGUUCUGGUUUUCAAAAAAUCGGUUCUGUAGAUUUGCUUGUACAACCUUGGGGAAGCUGGGACACGGACAUCAGAGUUUUACACAUCCUCUCCUCUCGCUCUCUUUUUUUCGUUUUCAUUACAGAACAUUCAAACUUUUAAAAACGCCACAAAAAUGCACAUUUGCAUAUUUUUACAUUUGUGCUUACAGAGACUUUUCUGCAUACGAGCCCCUGCAGGGUUUUAUGUUGCUGAUGUGACCUAAUUAUCAUGUGCUGCCUCCGAAUUACAUCACGGGCGGUUGACUCAUCAACAUCCCAGCAGCGCUCACUGAGAGACUCGCCCCCGUCACCGUCUAAACUGGAAUUCAUUAUAAAGUGAUUCACAACGUAAACUGAGCAGUAAUUAUGAACACAUUUCUCCACGACUGUAAUCACAGUCACAGACAAACAGAGGAAAUGACUUCAUGGACCCGGACUGUAAGAAAAGUGUGGCGUACAUUAAAAGGAGGCGUAUAAACUGUAAGUCUCCCAGCCAUAGCUUACUUUUUACAUAUCUGAAUGAUUAUUACGAAUAUGGAAGCUUUUUUUUCCUUUCAUACAACCAGAAUAAAAAGUUUGAAUUCUGACAAAAUUUCAGUUUUUAAAGCUGUUUGAUCUUGUUUAGUUCAAGCUCUUUAACUCCCAGCUUCUCCUGCAAAGAUCUCCUUUUGGACUUUUUUAUUUCAAGUGUCUUCAACCAAAAACAGCAUUUUUUAAGUAAGUUGUUAAAAGCUCUCUCUCAGACUUUUCCCCAGGUUCAAACACUUGCUCCUCUUCAGUUCAUUAGGGUUUACAUCAUCCCAUGAACUGUAUUGUGCCUUAAGAAGCGUCUAUCUCUUGCGUUGAAGAGGAGCUCGCUAGCUUAGGGUGACCAUCACUCCUCUUUUACCCGGACAUGUCCUCUUUUUUUGUCCAGGCUUGUUUAUAAGUUUAUAAAUUCCUUUUAAAUGUUUUUCACGGAAGUUUCGAGUCUGUGUCACGUGGACUUAUUGAGUUAGAAGCGCGUAAAAGACACUCGAUCCGACCCGAAAAACUUUCAAAAUUAUCUUUGUGCGACUCUGUUACUCUGCCCCUGCAUAGUCGUGUCCUCUUUUUGGGAAGUCAGAACAUGGUCACCCUACACUAGCUAUAAAAAACACUCAGAUUUGAACCGAAAGCUUUUUCAUAAAUUAGAAAACUUACCUCUGCUAUUCUCGUCUUGAAAAGUGGUGGAGUGGAUCUUAGUGCUCCCUUUUGAUUAGCUGCUGAACAAGUUUACUAUUCAAAGCAGCUGAUUUGAUGCUUCUGGUGAAUCUUUCCCAGAGAAGUGCAAACAUAGAUGUGAAAUACCAUCUUUCAGCCUUUUUCCAAACAGAUCUACAUCUUUAGAUCCGUCCCUUCUGAGCCGACCGAUACUUCGUCCUUGUUGGCCACGACUGCCGUCACAAGCAAGAAAACAAAGUAAAUACAGGAGACUCUGGAGGAAUAACGGGUGCUUAAAACGGAGGUAGACCGGACAAGAGCGAAGCUGGAUGAACAUCAACAUAAAUCCUCAGAUCUCGACUACCCAACCUUUAAAUUAGCAAAUGGCGACUAUCGUUGAUCGGCCUCAAAACUCAUUUCACAAACUGUUGGGGGAAGUUAAUGAGACGAUGUCCAUAUUUGGCGAAGUCUGUCAUGAGGACAUACAUUGGUGAAUCUAGUCUGGAGAUGUGAGCGGUGCAUCUUGGGUGUUUCCAUAUUUAUUCCCACAGUGAAAACGUGUCAAUUGCAGAAAUCUGAACGCCAUCCUCGAUUAAACUAUAAAACCCCCACAGCCGCUGUUUAAGCCCACAGGGGAAGUGUGUUCAAACUCAAAAGACACAUUUUAGGAUGAAUCUGUGUCACACCUCACAGUUGAAACAGGAAACUUGUGGGAAGAGAACGCCGCCGCCGCUGCCGCCGCCGGCUCGCAGUCUCCCCCGAGCAAACAGGGAUUAGACAGCUGCGGCCGCGAGUGA